UACGGUCCCAUGCACGGCUUUAAGGUUAAUUAGAAUAGAUCUUUUUUUUAAUUUGUGCGAUAUUGCAACGCAAAAUGUCGGCCACAAUUCGUACCCGCAAAUUCAUGACCAAUAGACUACUUUGCCGAAAACAAAUGGUUGUCGACGUUUUACAUGCGGGUCAGCCGUCAGUCAAGAAAACCGAAAUUCGCGAGAGGCUUGCCAAAAUGUAUAAAGUUACGCCAGACGUGGUUUUCGUUUUCGGUUUCCAAACGAAUUUCGGAGGUGGAAAAUCCACGGGGUUUGCCCUGAUUUACGAUACCUUGGAUUAUGCCAAAAAAUUUGAACCAAAGUACAGAUUGCAACGACACAGCUUGUAUGAAAAACAAAAACAAACCAGAAAGCAGAGAAAGGAACGAAAGAACAGAAUGAAAAAAGUCAGGGGAACCAAAAAAACAAAAGUGGGAGCUUCUUCCAAAAAGUAAUUCGACUUGUUCACGAUCCAAAGG